CUUGUUGCCGGGGCAUGUAACUUCGGGGCCGGGACAGUGCUUGGGCGUUGGGUUCCGUGUGGUGACGAGGUGAGAGGGGAGGGGAGAAGCCCCGGCCGCCCCGGCGCAGAGAAAGACAAGAUGAACCCUUUCUUUUUUCUGGAUUUUGGACAUUCUCAUCUAGUCUACUUCUGGAAUAGAACUAUACCUUUCAACUCAACAAAUGAGACAUACUGCUACAGCACUGCCCGGGGCAGCACGGUGCUCCAAGGAGUAACUUUUGGUGGAAUCCCAACAGUCCUGUUGCUUGAUGUAACCUUCUUUUUUGUUUUAAUAUUACUGUUUUCCAUUAUAAGAAAGAGAUUCUGGGACUAUGGUCGUGUCGCUCUGGUGUCAGAAGCUGAAAGUGAAUCAAGAUACAACCGAUUGUCAACAUCGUCAUCGGUACCUGAAGAUCUUGAAUAUGAUAGGGGGUUUUGUUCUUGGAUGACAGCUGCUUUUCGCAUGCACGACGACGAGAUUCAUGAGAGGUGUGGUGAAGAUGCCAUACAUUACCUUGCCUUCCAGCGUCACAUCAUCUGUUUGUUGAUUGCUGUCAGCAUUUUGUCUGUAUGUGUCAUACUGCCUGUCAACCUAUCAGGUGAUCUGCUUGAUAAAGAUCCUUAUAGUUUUGGAAGAACAACUAUAGUAAACUUACAAACUGGUAAUAAUCUUCUUUGGCUGCACACGGUUUUUGCUGUUGUUUACCUGAUUCUGACUGUUGUCUUCAUGAGACACCAUAUGAAGUAUGUCACAUAUAAAGAAGAAAACAUAGUUAAGUGCACAUUGUUUAUAACUGGUCUUCCAAAAAAUGCAAAAGAAGAGACAGUGCAUGAACAUUUCACUGCUGCCUACCCAACCUGCACCGUGGUGGAGGUCCAGCUGUGUUAUGAUGUAGCCAAGCUUAUUUAUCUCUUCAAAAAAAGAAACCAGGCAGAAAAAAGCCUGACUUACUAUGAACACCUGCAUCAGAAAUAUGGCAAGCGGGUCCAAAUCAACCCUAAGCCAUGUGGUCAAUUCUGCUGUUGUGAAAUGAGAGGAUGUGAAAGGGAGGAUGCUGUAGAUUAUUACACCAAAGUUAGAAAUGAGCUGCUGGAAGAAUAUUCAAAAGAGGAACAAGCUGUUCAUAAUAACCCACUGGGAAUGGCUUUUGUAACAUUUCAAGAGAAGUCCAUGGCAACCUAUAUCCUUAAAGACUUCAAUGCUUGUAAGUGUCAGAGUAUUAAGUGUAAAGGAGAACCCCAGCCAUCAUCCUACAGCAGGGAGCUGUGUGUAUCAAACUGGGAGGUUACAUAUGCUCCUUAUCCUGAGAAUAUUUGUUGGAAAAACCUUUCAGUGCGUGGACUGAAAUGGUGGUUUAGAUGGGCUUGCAUCAAUUUGCUGCUUUUUAUUGUGCUGUUUUUUCUUACAACUCCUUCCAUAAUCAUCUCAACCAUGGACAAGUUCAAUGUCACUAAACCUAUUCACUACCUUAAUAAUCCCAUCGUCAGUCAGUUCUUCCCAACGCUCUUGCUCUGGUCCUUCUCCGCUUUGCUACCAACAAUUGUUUAUUACUCAACUUUGCUGGAGUCCCACUGGACAAAAUCUUCAGAGAACAGAAUCAUGAUGCAUAAAGUCUACAUAUUUUUGAUCUUCAUGGUACUGAUUCUGCCCUCCCUUGGUCUGACCAGCCUUGAUUUCUUUUUCCGUUGGCUGUUUGACAGAGAAUCAUCUGAUUCUGCAGUUCGGCUGGAAUGUGUUUUUCUGCCUGACCAGGGAGCCUUCUUUGUGAACUAUGUGAUUGCCUCUGCUUUCGUUGGCAAUGGGAUGGAGCUGUUGCGCCUGCCUGGCCUCAUCCUUUACACCAUCCGCAUGAUCAUGGCCAAGUCCACAGCUGAAAGGAAAAACAUUAAACAGCAACAAGCAUUUGAAUAUGAAUUUGGAGCAAUGUAUGCCUGGAUGCUGUGUGUGUUCACUGUCAUCAUGGCCUACAGCAUUACCUGUCCCAUCAUUGUCCCGUUCGGUUUAAUAUACAUACUCCUGAAGCACAUGGUUGACCGUUACAACCUUUACUACGCAUAUCUCCCUGCCAAGCUGGAGAAGAAGAUGCACUUUGCAGCUGUGAAUCAGGCCCUUGCAGCUCCCAUUCUCUGCCUUUUCUGGCUCUAUUUUUAUUCUUUUUUGAGGCUAGGCUUCAAAGCACCUACAACCAUGUUUACCUUCCUAGUUGUCAACAUCACAAUUGUUAUCUGCUUGGCCUAUACUUGUUUUGGCUGUUUCAAGUACCUGAGCCCAUUGAAUUACAAGAUAGAAGACCCACAAGGUGAACGAGGAAGCGACACAGAUGUACCAACCGGCCCAACCUCUUCUAUGUACGUGCCCCGAGUUUUGCAGCCUCAUUCCACAGAAAGGACGGUGCUUGCCCCUAAGGAGCAGCAGUCGUACGGCACCAUGGACACCACAAGUUCCCAGGCAGAAGGAGCCCUCAGCUGCCCCGCCGGACCUGCAGUUACUGAGCAGGCGUCGGGAGGUUCGCUCUGAGCGCCAAGGACUGACACAAGGUGGAGCACUUUGCCCAGGUUUCGGAGAACUAAUUUCCACUCCCCGACACCUACUAAGUAUUCUGGUUUAUUGGCAUACUCCUGCCUACAGAAGAGGUACAGAAAUAAUUCAUCGUGUGGUCUGCAGCUGUGCUGGGAGAUGAAAAAGCAGAUGCCUUGGGACUAAUUGUUUUCCACAGUCUGCUUGGUUUGUGAAACAAACACGUUGAACGCAGAGAUGCUGAUCCUCAGGGACUUCACUUACACGAUCUCAUCACUUGCCUUAUGAAGAUAACUUAUGCUGCAUAUAGAUAACCGGUCACCAAAGCAGAUGCAGCUGGUACAGCUGUCAUUUAUUUAUUCAAAAUAAUUACUGCUUUUUUUAAAAAAAACAAAACCCAAACCAACCCCCAAUAAGCCCCUUUAGUAUUUAUAAACCUCUUGGGAUGUGUUAAAUCCUGAGGCAAUGGCACUUUUGAUGAAAAUGCUGUUGGUGUGGGUGCUGAGAAAGGUGUGUGGGAGUCUCUCCUCUUGUCACCCAAAGUGGUGUAGACCCUGUUACUUUUUUUUUUCCCCUGAAAAGAGAUGAGGGAGUUACUGUGCACUCAGGUAUUAAGGGUACCAAAGCAAAGACUGGUGUAAAAAAGGGAGUGAUUUAUGUGAUACAAUUGAAAUGUGGUUUUUUUGGAGGGUGCUUAGGUUCACUGUUUUUAAGAGCCUUCCACAAUGAAAGCUCACCUGCCAACAAUUAAGGAUGUAAGCAUUUUAUCUUUCUUUUAAUCUUGGGUCAAAGGGACAGGUCUCUGGGUUCCCUCUAUAGUGCCAAUUACAUGAGCUGCAAGAUGCUAAGUUUUAAAAAUAUGUAGUAGGUGCCAAUUCAUUCCAAAGUGCAUUGUGUCAAAGUGUAACCAAGGAUCACAAAGCAAUAAAACACUGAUUUAGGAGAGA